AGCAGCUGGGCUGUUGCUGCCGCUGGGGCCUAGCGCCGCUGCUCGGUACUCCCGGCAGCAAUUAUAUAUACAGACGACAGCGCCCAGCGAAUUUGAGCGUCCGCAGCGCGCGCCAUGGCGAAUAAUAAUCAGCCCGCCCCAGACGAGAGUACCACAAUAGCGGCGCUCGCCGUCGAGGCGGACGACGCGACGGGCGGCUACAGCGUCGGCGCCGCUGUUUUGAGACCCCUGGCGCCGCAAGGCGACGACGACGACGACGACGAUGCGCCGCGGAGGGAACUGUGCGUCUACGCCUUCGCCGACGACGGCUUUCUGACCGCGGCCGACGCGUUAUUAGUAAGAGAGGGCCCCGGCUUCAUCACCAUUGAUGCGGGCGAUGCCAAAAAUAGAACUAAAGUCGACGCGCUCGUGGCCAAGCACUCGCGCGCCGAGGCGCAAGCCCUGAACCUGGAGCAGAAGGGCUGGCCCAAGGCCAAAGGUAAACUCGAAGCGAAAUUGAGGCACGUCCUCCAGACCUUGUGUGGCGACAAGGACCAGGAGAUGAGCGGUUUGACGAUACGCGCGGCCGCGUUAGUUUUAGAAAGAGCUCAAUUGACCGACAGCAGCGAGCGCUGCGUGCAACUCAACCCUGGAGCCACAGUAGGCCACGUCCGUCUCGACUCGGCCGCCGUCGAGGCCGCUACUGUGUUGCCCCCACCUGGUGCCAAGAAAACGGGCCCCCCUACGUCGUUGCUAGACGUGCUGGGCGGGCCCUGCCGCACGAUUGCCGGUUCUCGUCUAGUCGAGGCUUGGUUAAGGCAACCAUCUCGGGACAAAUCCAUACUAGAAAAGCGCCAUAAAGCGGUAGAAGCGCUGAGAGAUGCCCAAGACGGCCGAGAGGCCCUAAGGAGCGCCCUGGGCACGACGAAAGGCGCGAGAAUCCCCGACGUUUCUAAACUAUGUGCGAAGUUAAGGCAGGGCAAAGCUACACUUGUCGAUCUGCAUAGACUCCACGUCGUCGCGCAGAAGGUCGUCCCCGAGGUCCUAGCCGCGGCGGAAGCUAUCGACACUGAUGCGAUCAAGGACAUCGUGCCGCCUCUCGCGAAGGCGUCGAGAGACUUGAGGGUCUUCUGCGACAUGGCGCGAGCUACUUUGGACUUAGAUUACCUCCCGGAGGUCCUGCUCAAACCCUCGGUCGACGAAGAAUUAGUACAACAUUCAGAAGCGAUGCGCCAGGCGCGGGACGCCGUGGACGAGGCCCACGAGCGCGUGAACGAGGCCUUCGCCGAUGCGGGUCUAGGCAAAGGCGCGUCCCACUCAGAACGGUCGAAAUGGCCUAUUAAGCUAGAUGCGGACGCGAACCGAGGCUUCGUGUUGCGCUCGCCGAAGAGGUAUGAUGAAAAGUCCCUGUCGAACGUCGAGGUUUCUGGCGCUCGCGGAUCACCUGAAGAACUGGAGGUGUUGUCUUAUUUGAAGGCUGGGGUGUUUUUCACGACGCCCUCUCUGUCAAGAGCUUGUAGUGCUCUGGAGCGCGCGUCGUCGGCCUAUAAGAAGGCCCAGAAGACGCUGACGGGGGAGCUAGUGCGGACCGCAGCGACCUACGCUCCUGUUUUUAGUAGGGCGGCAGACGCUUUAGCUUCGUUGGACGCCCUGCAAGCUUUUGCCCAUGCGGCGGCCUUCGCGCCGGGCGGUGCGUAUGAACGACCUACUUUCUCUGAUGAUAAUACUGUAUCCAUCAAAAACGCGAGACAUCCGGUGGUCGAGUGUGGCGACGGUAUUCAUUUUGUACCUACCGACUACGCCCUAGAUGACCAAGGGCGACUCGUAAUAGUGACGGGGCCGAACAUGGGCGGCAAGUCGACUCAUAUAAGAGGCUUGGCCUGUCUGGCGAUCAUGGCCCAGGCCGGUUCUCUCAUACCUGCGGACGCCGGUGCUACCUUACCUUUGUUUGAUGCUAUCUUGGCAAGGGUGGGUGCUGGAGAUAGCCUACAAAGAGGCGUCUCGACGUUCAUGGCCGAGAUGCUCGAGGCGUCCAUGAUCUUGAGGAGCGCCACGUCGCAAUCCCUGGUCAUUAUAGAUGAACUUGGACGAGGCACGUCGACGUACGACGGCUUCGGAUUAGCCUGGGCCAUCUCGGAGCAAUUAGUCAGGCAAAAAGCGACGUGUCUGUUCGCCACUCAUUUUCAUGAAUUAACACAAUUGAGCGAGGGGCAACCGGUGAAGAAUCGCCACGUGACCGCGCACGUCGACGAAAACACGGGCGCCUUAGCGUUUCUGUACGAGGUCGCGGACGGGCCCUGCACGGAGUCCUUCGGCAUCAAAGUGGCCGAACUGGCGGGCUUUCCUCCUGCUACGGUUACCGUCGCGAAGCGCAAGGCCGAGGAGCUCGAGUCCAGCAGUGGGGGGAAGUUGAAGGCGCUGCGGGCGUGACGUUUCGUGGAGUAAGUGCC